AUGUCAAAGUACAGCAAGAACUCAGACCAAGAAGAACUCUUGGAUGAGGAGAUUGACGAAGAUGAGAUCUUGGCCAACUUGUCCCCCGAAGAACUUAAAGCACUGCACUCUGAAAUGGAAGUCAUGGCUCCUGAUCCAAGGCUGCCCGUGGGAAUGAUCCAGAAGGAUCAAACUGACAAGCCACCAACAGGAAACUUUGACCAUAAAUCUCUUGUUGAUUAUAUGUAUUGGCAAAAGGCAUCCAGACGCAUGCUGGAAGACGAACGCGUUCCUGUCACCUUUGUGCCUUCUGAGGAAAAUACACAAGAACAACAUGAAGAGACAGACAAAGGUAUUAAAAAUGUGUCCCAAUUUUUGAAAGAAAAGCUCAUCAAAGAAAUAGCUGCCAAUAAAAGAGAACCAAAGGGCAGCAACACUGUCCAAGAAACAGAUAGUAAUGAAGAAGAUGCAGAAGCUGAGGAUGAUGAAGACGACGGAGAAGAUGAAGGUGAAGAGAGUGACGAAAAAACAAAAAGAGCAAAGGAGCAAAUCAGAAAGAGUGAGAGCAGUUGCCAACAGAUAGCAAAUAAAGCAUUUGAAGAACAGAAAGACAGACCAGAGGUUCAAGAAAAAAGUGAGAAAAAAAUAUCAAAAUUAGACCCUAAGAAGUUAGCUCUGGAUACCAGUUUUUUGAAGGUAAGUGCAAGGCCUUCAGGAAACCAAACAGACCUGGAUAGAAGUUUGAGACGCGUUAGGCAAAAUGACCCUGACGUGAAGGAACUCAACCUAAACAACAUUGAAAACAUCCCCAGAGAAAUGUUGCUGGACUUUGUCAAUGCAAUGAAGAAAAACAAACACAUCAAAACCUUCAGUUUAGCGAAUGUGGGUGCAGAUGAGAGCGUAGCCUUCGCCUUGGCUAACAUGUUGCGUGAAAAUAGGAGUAUUACCACUCUCAACAUUGAGUCCAAUUUCAUCACAGGAAAAGGAAUCGUGGCCAUCAUGAGAUGCCUCCAGUUUAAUGAGACCCUAACAGAACUUCGGUUCCACAAUCAGAGGCACAUGUUGGGCCACCAUGCUGAAAUGGAAAUAUCCAGGCUUUUGAAGGCGAACAACACUCUCCUCAAGAUGGGCUAUCAUUUUGAGCUCCCGGGUCCCAGAAUGGUGGUAACCAAUCUGCUCACCAGAAAUCAGGAUAAACAAAGGCAGAAAAGACAAGAAGAACAAAAACAGCAACAACUCAAGGAGCAGAGAAAAUUAAUAGCCAUGUUGGAGAAUGGGUUGGGGCUACCACCUGGGAUGUGGGAGAUGUUGGGGGGACCAAUGCCAGAUCCCAGAAUGCAGGAGUUCUUCCAGCCUCCUCCUGGGCCUCCCAGCUCCAAAGCAGUCCCCUUUAGUCGACAAAAUGAAACGAAAAAGCCAUCACAGCCUCCGCCACACAAGACUGACCCUGACUCCUUCCAGGGGGUGAAGCUGAAGCGAAUCCAGCGCAAAUCUUGGAGGCCAGAUGCCAGAGAAUCACCCGAGAAAACCAACCUCAAAGAUGUGAUCAAAACACUCAAACCGGUUCCAAGAAAUAGGCCACCCCCACUGGUGGAGAUCACUCCCAGAGAUCAGCUCUUAAACGACAUUCGUCACAGCAACGUUGCCUAUCUUAAACCUGUAAGUAGAAAAAGGGAGAAACAGUGAAUGAGCACCAGAAUAAAUGUGUCCCAACUCUGUUCCUUGUUAAUUUUAACACGAGGAGACACUUAA